UAUAAAGACCUCCCAACCUUCAUUUCCUUUCAUUCAGAUCAUUCGCUGUGAACUAACUUGAUCGGUUCAGAACACACUAUAACGCCGACCCGACGGAUCAUCAUCAGAUAUAGAGUUAGCUCAUAAUAACUCUAUUCUGAUCAGAUCUUGGUGGCCUGGUUAUUAAUUUACACACAAAUUAAAGAGUAUCAUCAUAUAUCAAUGGCUCUCUUGGGUGGUCACUUGGCUUUUACUUUUGGAGUGCUUGGGAACAUAGUCUCCUUCAUUGUUUUCCUCUCUCCUUUGCCUACAUUCUAUAAGAUUUACAAGAAGAAAUCAGCUGAGGGGUAUCAAUCGAUUCCGUAUGUGGUUGCGCUCUUCAGCUCAAUGCUAUGGAUAUACUACGCCUUCCUGAAGUCGAACACCACCCUUCUCAUUACCAUAAACUCCUUCGGGUGUUUCAUCGAAACCAUUUACGUUAGCUUCUACAUCUACUACGCGACCAAGGAAGCGAGGAUGCAGACAGUGAAGAUGAUUGUAUUGAUGGAGCUCGUAGGUUUCGGGGCCGUCGUCCUCGUCUCUCAAUUUCUCUUUCAAGGGGCGGUUCGUGCCCAAGUUGUCGGUUGGGUUUGCCUCGUUUUCUCCUUGUGUGUUUUUGUCGCCCCCUUGUGUAUUGUGAGGCAAGUAAUCAAGACAAAGAGCGUUGAGCAUAUGCCAAUUCUUUUAUCAGUUUUCUUAACAUUCAGCGCUGUCAUGUGGUUCUUCUAUGGUUUGCUCUUAAAAGACAUAAACAUAGCGGUGCCGAAUGUAUUGGGAUUCUUCUUUAGCAUUCUCCAAAUGGUUCUUUACAUGAUUUACAAAGGAAAAAAUGAGGACAUGAAGAAACUUCCCCUGCAGCAAGUAUCUGUCCCGCCGAAGUCGCCGGUGGUGCUAGUGCUGGAACCGGAGGAGAAGAAGCAGCAACCGCCGGAGCUGACGGAGGAACAGCUCGUCGACAUUGUGAAGCUCGGAGCUUUCCUUUGCUCCGAAAAGAUCCAUUUCGGAAAGAGUAACCCGGCGGAGGUGGAGAUUUCAAAGCUGGAUGUAGAGCCGAGGCUGACGGCGGUCAACUAAAAGAAGUAAAGUCGUAUCUCCGGUCAACUUUAUGAGUAUAGAUUAGGUCAUUUGCGUGCAUGGAUGCAUGCAGAUUUUGGCCUGUUUAUGUUAUCUGCAAACUGGCUGCUAGCUGGUUCAACUAGUUUGUUUGCGUAAAGUUUAUAUAUGUAGCUUUAUAUAUAUGUAACUUGCGUGCUUUUUGUACUUUUAUAUUGAUUUUCCCAUGUCAUGCAAUAAGAAUCGUAAUUUGUUUUUGAGUUCUAAUAUACGUACAAAAAUGUGUUCUUUAUUUAACUCAUUAUAUUCUGGUAUUUUUACAUUCCUU